AUGAGUUUCCAACACGAUGAAACUACUGCACCUUACACGAUUGCGCGACCGACUAUGAUUAGGAUGCCUAUGCUAGGUCAAGAAACUCAUCUCGCUGCAUUAUUCAUUCUUGACGACAAAAUCUCCGUCGACAUGAUCAACGAGUUUCUGGAGAAAACCCAUGAAGAGCAUGGGAUCUAUCAUCUUUGGCUAGCAGAAGACACCUCGCGCAGCUAUCCGACCGACCUUGACGAGGCGACUGUACCACCUGUCUCAUCGAAUUGGCGAUCACCAUUUGCUGGAAAGACCAUCGAAGAGGCGUUCACAUUCAUGUCGUGCAUCCCUACUGAUUUCGAUGUAACUAUGAACAGGACCUACAUCGUCGUUCUGGACAGAGACCUAUAUGGAUCAAGAGGCUGGGUUGUUGUCUGCAAGAUUGAUGAAGAGGGUACAAUCACGACAGCUCCGUGCGCUGCCCGGAAUGCCAUGCUGCACAUCAAUUCGCUGUCCUGGCAUUUAUGGCCAAACUACCUCGAAAGAUGGCGUAACGAGGGAAAGCCAUUCUUACGCUAG